AUGCUUUUCACCUCAGUCGCACUGUUGGCUUGUGCUAGCUGUGUGCUUUCGCAUGGAGAUCAUUCAGCAGAUCAGACUCCAAUUUCAGGACCACACAAGUCUUUGUGGUAUAACACCUUGCCAGGUGAUGGCGGCACUCAGGCAGAUUCCGUUUUCUCAGGAAUCUCGACCUUCGGCCGCCUGCCUUACUUCCCUUGCUUAGCCAGUGAUGAAGAGAAAUACGAUAUUGCUUUCUUGGGAGCACCAUUCGACACGGGAACUUCGUACAGACCAGGAGCGCGUUUUGGCCCAAGUGGUAUCAGACAAGGCUCACGGAAACUCGGGUUCAGUGGCGGGUACAAUGUACCAUUAAAAUCCAACCCGUUCAAUUUCUGGGGAAAGGUGAUUGAUUGUGGUGAUAUCCCUGUGACCUCAUACGACAAUCAUUAUGCCCUCCAGCAGAUCGAAGACGGGCACAAUGCCCUCCUCACCCGCGUUCCUUUUACUGCAGCUAAUGAACCGGGUAUCAGCAAGUCGGGAAAGACACUUCCUCGCAUCAUCACCCUCGGAGGUGACCAUACCAUUACCCUGCCAUUGCUUCGCAGCAUCAACAAAGCAUAUGGACCAAUCUCUGUGAUUCAUUUCGACUCACAUCUGGACACGUGGAAACCCAAGGUCUUUGGUGGCGCACCCAGCAAACAAGCCGCUAUCAACCACGGCACAUAUUUCUACUGGGCAAGUGAGGAGGGUCUCCUUGCGAAUGACAGUUCCAUUCACGCUGGUAUCCGUACCACACUCUCGGGACCCAGCGAUUAUGAGAAUGAUGGAUACUGCGGCUUCACACGUGUUGAGGCACGUGAGAUUGACACGAUCGGUACUUGGGGUAUCAUUAAGCGCAUUAAAGAGCGUGUUGGCACCAAGAACCCCGUUUACCUGUCCAUCGAUAUUGAUACUCUUGACCCUGCAUUUGCUCCUGCCACUGGAACUCCUGAGACUGGAGGCUGGAGCACUCGCGAGUUGAGAACCAUCCUGCGCGGAUUGGAAGGUAUCAAUUUCGUGGCUGCUGAUAUCGUGGAGGUUGCUCCUGCAUAUGACACCAACGCAGAGUUGACCACCAUGGCCGCCGCCGAUGCACUUUAUGAGGUUAUGACAUUGAUGGUUAAGCGAGGCCCAUUGACACUCAAUGCAACGCAGUCUGAGUACAUUCCUACCAUGGUUGAGGGAGAGGAAGCAAGCUAG